AUGCCUAUCCACACGUCGCCGUUCCCAACUACGCACGAUACAAUCGGCGCAUCAGCUCUAGACAGUUCUACCCGCAUACCAUCCUCGCCUCCCUCCGCUCAGUCGCCUCAAAGUCCAGACAAAGACGGUGGGAAAUCGGAGAGCAACGGAAACGCCGAGUCGGCUCAAGUAGUGGCGUCACACGAACUUGCCAUCACAGAUCUAGACAAGCGCCUCUCGCAGUAUACAGUGGACUGGAAUAAGUUUGCAGGCGGAGCUCACCAAGAUAUUCGGGACGCGGAUGACGAAGACGAUCCCGAGCCUGACUUUGGGGGCCCCGAAGAUUUCACAUUCAACAUAGACAAAUAUUUGAAUGGAUCAACGCCGCUGGCAGGCAGAGACAAUGACGCAGAUGACCUAGACGCAGAAGAAGAUUUGCUUCCGGAUUCACCGUCUCCGCGGCCCCGCCACCAUCAUCACCAUCACCAGGAGGAAGCUGAAGAAAGUGAGUUCGGCCCGCCUGUGGACAUGUCAACCCCCUCACAUUUGAUGUGGAGGAAAAACGCCACCUCAGGAAAGGGGGAAGAGACGCGCUUGGAAGACAUUGAGGAGAGUCUUCCUAGUUCUCCCGAGAAGGACGAUAGUCCUUCCAAGCACGGCAAGGAGGGUAGUGGUCUAGAAGAAAGCCGGACAUUUACAACGGUGCUGCGAGAGAUUGAGGAUUUGCAUGAGCAGAGACGUGAACGCGAUGAAAAGAUUCGUGAAAAUGAGAAAAAGCUGUCCUCCGUUACCGAGGAGAUUGAGUUCUUACGAGACGAGCUACAGCGCAAGUCCUCGCUGCUACUAGAAGCUAACGCCAAAGUGGGCGAACAAUCCGUGCUGCGAGAGCAGUUAAAAUUGCUGAAUGAGCGAAACGAGGAGAGAGCCGCAAGCGAUGAAGACAAUGCAAAGGAGCUUGCGACGCUGCGACGGGAUCUGGAGGAUGCGCAAAAUCAGUUAAAUAAGAGAGACGAAGCUCUAGAAGAAAGCAGCGCCAAACUACGCGAAUUGACCUCCAGCACUGAGCUGCAACUGCGUCAGAAGAAUACUGAGAUUGAGGACCUCAAGGCCCAGCUCAACGAAAGGGAACUAGAGAUUACGGACGCGGAGGAAGAAUUAGCGGAAACGCAACGCCAGUACGAUGCUUUGAAGGGCAGAAUUGAGUCAUUGGAGACGCGAAAUAGUCCACUCGAGGAAAAGAACAUUUUGUUGGAGAAGGAGUUGAAUAGUGUGAAGUUAGAGCUUGAGUCACAGAAAAAUGCCAUGUCGACCAUGGCCACUGAACUAUCUGUUGAUGCUGAGGGAAAAGAAUAUAAGGAUAUCGUCAGCAGUAUUCGACGUCUUUUCCAGCAAAGAAAAGAGUCCGACCAAGGAAAUUUUACUGAAAUCGAAGAACUCAAAGGCAAACUAGACAAAGCGCAAGCCUCAAUCCAACAGCAUGUCGCCGAGAGGCAACUCACCCAGGCAGAAUGGAAGAGAUCCCAAGAUCUAGUCGGCGAAUCUCGCAGCCUCAUUACAACGAUUGAAGGCGAGAAUACUCGGCUGUCAGCACGAAUCCAGGAACUCAACUCGAGUCUCACAAAAGCACGCGAGGAGGUUAACCUCAUAAAGGAACAACAGCAACAGUCUGAACCCAAACCGCAAACCAACGUUUCCGAACAAAUAAACCUAAACGCACUACACGAAUCACACCGAGUUGAGACACAAAACCUCCGCGAACUUCACAUGAACGCAACCCGAGAUCUCCACACAUCCUACAACGACACCAUACGCCAUCUUCGCGCCAUGCUUUCAGCCACAGAGAAGCGCGAAACCGAGCUGCACAACCAACUCCUCGCCGCGCAAUCAUCAACAUGCAUCCAGACCAACGAAAUCUCGUCACUCAAGUCCCAAAUCCAGCAGCUGCAAUCUACCCUGGCCCUGAAAGAAGAGACUUCCGCCGACAUGGACAAAAUGAUUGCGCGAUCUAUCGAGAAGCGCGAGCGGGAAUGGGAGCGGAGGAUGGAGUUGUUGCUUAAAGAGAGGGACAAAAUGAGCAAAGCCUUGAUGAUGGCUUGGGGCGAGAAAGAGGUCGGAAAGACUUCUUCGUCUGCUUCUUCUCGUAGUACGAAAAGGGGCGAUGGUCCUGUUGCUGCUACUGGUGCGUCGCAUAAUGAGAAGCCUGGCCAGGGAUAUCGAUACAAGUAUGUCGUUCGGACAUGA